CCGCUUUACCAGCAAAAUCCCUUAUUUCAACGCGUAAAGUCUUGGUGAACAGUUGCGGGUUGUUUGCCGUUCACAGCUGCUUGGUGUUCUGGGUGCAUCUUUCAGCGGUAAAUUUGAACCUGCAACGGAUAAAGGAAACGUGGUACGAUUUCGACGCUAGUUUAGAAGUGCUUACACACAGGUGUACAUAUAUAUACCGUAGAAAUCACCAGGAAAUCUGCAAUCAGCCGAGUCAAGCGCGCUUUUGCUUCGACGUGUGUUAGCUCUGGGCUCCGUCCUGGGUGCCUUCAAUCAGUCUCAAUCCAUCAACAACUGUCGGUGUGUGUUCUGUGGGUCACUCCGGGCCGGAAGAUACUUCGCAGCACCAGUGUGCAGUGUGAUACACUUUGUUUUCUGCAAUUUGCGCCGGUGUUGUAUGGUGUAGAUAGUGGGUGCGUGCGAUCGUUGCGUGCGUGGUUGAUCGAGAUCCAAACUUUCGCCGGCGUGGGCUAUUAAAUCCCUGCUUUUUGUUGCGACAAUUUUCCCCGUGACCCCAUCCCGUGAGGUUGAAGGCAACCGUCCGCGUGUAAAAGUUGUUGCGUCAAAAAUAGAAAACGUACCAUCGCUCGUUUUGUUACACACGGGUGGUCCCCAGUGAGUGACCAGACAAAAACCACCGACAUCCGACAGUUGCGGAAGCGGUAGCGUAAUCCGGGUCCCGAAAAUGAUGGCCGAAACGGUAGUGACGGUGGAAACGCCAAACCGCAAUGCUGCCACACCGGCGGCAACACCGGCACCGGGCCAGGCACAGGCCAAGCCGGAAUCCAAUCUCAACUGGCUGAAGUUCAACACACAGUACUUCAUCACCAUCCCGGGCAUAUUGAAGAUCGUGCAAGUGGUUUUUGGUAUCAUCUGCAUGGCGUGCGCCUCCCCAGCACUAAUUGGUGGUACACACUUUUUCCUGUUUGCUGUCGUCACCUUCUUCAUCGCCACCCUGCUCUGGACGUUCGUCUACCUGUUGGGUAUUCGCGAGGUCCUGAAUCUGCCCAUCAACUGGAUACUCACGGAGUUGAUCAAUACGGCGAUCGCGACACUGCUCUACUUCAUCGCCUUCAUCGUGCAGCUGGCCAGCUGGUCGAACCUGUACGGACGUGGACGUGGAUCGAACAUUGCCGCCGGCGUGUUUGGUUUGUUCAACUUCCUCGCAUACGCAGCCGGCACGUACUUCCUGUACGUGGAGCACCGAUCCGCCGGUGUGUAAAAACGCCGGCCCUAAUCCAGGGUUGUCAAAACGCGUGACGCGCCAUUCGUACACACAGACCCGCAGAUGACACUUGUUUGCUGCGCUUCACACUCACACCGAUCCCACCAGCCAGAUCGGGCCGGGUCGGUUCGGUAGAUAAGUAGAAUAUUCCGGUGCCUUUUUCGCCUUGUGUGAGCUCACUGGCAGAGGGGUCACACUAACGGCAUCCACGACCACCAGCCAGCACAGAGAAAAACCACAAAUACAACAACAAAAAAAUGCGCAAAAACAAACGAAAUAACGCCCAUGGAGAAUCCGACACCCAGUCACCGAAACUGGGCGCGUAUAUACAUAUAUUUUUAGUAUUUGUUGUGUGUAAGAUGUACUUGUAAACUGACCAUUAAGACACAAGUCGCUAGAGGAGAAUUAGAGGAGAAUUACAGUGUUGUAGGAAGAAAAAAAACCAACGUAGGGGGAAAGAAGCAUAAAGAAAGAUUUUUUAUGAUAAACAAAAUUUAAACACACACUUAAACGUGACAACAAAACAAAAAACAACUUUUACAACAUCCCAAGCGGGCGAAGAGGGGAAAGCUCCGUUUUUCCGGCAGUAUGGACCGGGGGCACGUGCGUUACAGUUGUUUUGUUUUUCACUUUCAUUUGGCGCACUUGCGUAUCGAAUUUUUCCCGCUUUAUCGUUGCUCUAACUCUAAAUUUUCGAGUAAGUUUUGUGCUUUCGGCACACAUUCACGCACCCGAUAGACACGAGAUGAUUGUUUACUUCCAUUUCUUUUCACCAUUUUCUUGUGCCCUUUUCGCGUUUUUUUUUUGUUACAAAGCAUACGGUUUCUGCUUGUGUUCCCUUCCUGUUUUUCUUUUAUGGAUGGUGUUUAUCUUCCACCAUUUUUUUGUUUUGUUUUAUUAAAAUGAAAAAGAUUUCCUUUGUUUUAUACGACCGAUCAAACUGUUUGCUGGGUGUGUGUGUGAUUGGGUGCGUUAGGGAAAACAAUAAUGUAUAGAAAAAAAGGCAUCACAUAAAACAAUCGACCAGUAGAGAAAGCAACAACAAAAAAAGGAACAAAGAUACGCAUGUGGCAAUCAAAAUGGAAAUAAUACUUUCAUAGAAAAAGGCACCCAUCACACUGCGUGAAAUAAUGUUUUUUUUUCUUCCCUUACAACCCAAGUACGCAUUGGUGCGUACUUGAUCGCAAACAACAAUGAUUGCAUUUGUCUUACUAGUGUCGUUAAUUCGUUAAUUUAUCCCCUACCGUUAGGUUCUUUUCUGCAUCGCUUUGGCCAAUUUAAAAAACUAUUUAUCAUUGCUCGUUAUGUAGAAAGAUAAUGUAUCGUUAACGGCGGACACAUUUUCUUCU